CCAUGCCGCGGGAAUUGAUUACGAUCCAAGUGGGCCAAUGCGGCAACCAAAUUGGCCGUCAGUUCUGGAAGAUGGCUCUGGACGAACAUGCGCAUCACGCAAAGAAUGCCACGUUCGACGAGAGCAUGAGCACGUUCUUCCGCAACGUGGACAAGCGAGGACAUGAAUUGCCACUGCACAAGUCCAUCACGUCGCUACGCGCCCGUGCGAUUCUUGUCGACAUGGAGGAAGGACCCGUGAGCGAGACGUUGAAGGGACCUCUUGGCGAGUUGUUCGACAGCUCCCAGUUCCUCACGGACGUGUCUGGUUCAGGCAACAAUUGGGGUAUACGUCGCAUCGCGCUUGAAAUAUAACAGCGCCAUGUCUGUCUUACAGCUCACGGACAUGCCAUGUACGGACCUCAGUACAAGGAGCAGCUCUUGGAAAAGCUGAGGCAUGCCACAGAGCUGUGCGACUCGUUGCAAUCGUUCUUUGUCAUGCAUUCGAUGGGCGGUGGCACUGGGUCUGGGCUCGGCACGUACAUCCUCGGGCUGCUGGAAGACCACUACCCCGAAGCCUUUCGGUUCACUACAGCCAUCUUCCCAUCCGCAGACGACGAUGUCAUCACGUCUCCGUACAACAGCAUGUUGGCCCUGCGCGAACUCACGCUCCAUGCAGAUUGCGUGCUUCCCAUCGAGAACGAAGCGCUGUACGACAUGCUCGAGAAGCAAGCAAGCCAACCCGGGGCGGCGGCUACACGUCCGAAGGAGUCGGCAUUUGACCAGAUGAACUCGAUCGUCGCGAGGACGCUGACCCACUUGACCAGCAGCAUGCGCUUCGAUGGGUCGUUGAAUGUCGACUUGAACGAAAUCACGACCAACUUGGUGCCGUUCCCUAAACUGCACUACCUUUUGUCCAGUGUGGCGCCGCUCUGGGCCGACAAGGUGAUGCAGCCUCGCCGGAUCAGCCAAAUGUUCUCGGAUGCAUUCCAAAGGGAUCACCAGCUGAUCAAAACCAACCCCAAGGGCGGCAUCAUGCUCGCUUGUGGCCUCUUGUUGAGGGGAAACGUCCAGGUAUCGGACAUCCAGGCCAACAUCCAGCGGCUGCGCGCGGAGCUGCGCAUGAUCCCGUGGAACGAGGACGGGUUCAAGGUCGGGCUGUGCUCCGUGCCAGCGCUGGGUCACCCCGUGUCGCUCCUCAGUCUCUCCAACAACAGCUGCAUCGUGGACACGUUUGAACGCAUGCACACGCGGUUUCUCAAGCUGUACAAGCGCAAGGCCCACGUGCACCAUUACCUGGCGUAUAUGGACACGAGUGCCUUUGACGACGCCGUUGAGAACGUCCAGUGGCUUGUGGCAGAGUACCGCAAGCUCAAUGACACGUCCAGCCUCGACAUACCUGCUGCCUCCCGACCCAAACCACUGUUUUAGAUGCGAGCUUUGCCAAAUUAAGUAGACCAAACCACUGUUUUAGCUGCGGGCUUUGCAUGAUUAAGUAGACCAAACCACUGUUUUAGCUGAGGGCUUUGCCAAAUUAAGUAGACCAAACAAUUCUCUUAGCUGUGAACUUUGC